AUCACCAUCACCACCAUCAUCAGCGGCAACAACAGUGGUGACCCGCCCCCUGUGUGUGUGUGUGCGCGAGUAUAGCCGUGACGUAAACAAGGGUUAUAUGUGUUAUGUACAGCCCUUGAUUUACACGAGUACUAUAUUACUGCAAGAUCGCACAGCCACUCCCUGAUCGCUUCCCCGUUUUUCUCUGAGUGGUCCAAUCUUGAUCAGUUCCAAUGCAUAUUCCAAAAAUGCCUGCACAGUCGCAAAGCACAUUCCGAGGGAUCCGGUCCUCCAAGUUCCGGCACGUGUACGGCAAGGGCUCCCGCAAGGAGAACUGCUACGAGAAUGUCCUCAUCACACAGAAGGCACACGACACGGCUGCCUGCGCCGUCAACCCCAAGUUUGUGGCCAUCGCUGUGGAGGUGGCAGGAGGAGGGGCCUUCAUAGUGCUGCCUCUUGACAAGACGGGUCGUAUAGACAUCAACACUCCGAAGGUGACGGGGCAUGCAGGGCCGGUGCUGGAUCUAAAGUGGUGUCCCUUCAAUGACAACCUCAUAGCCUCCGGGGCAGAUGAUUGUACUAUAAAGCUAUGGCACAUACCAGAUGGAGGGUUAAAGGCUAACUUGACAGAUCCACUGGCUGACCUGCAGGGCCACCAGCGCCGCGUGUCCAUCGUGGAGUGGCACCCAACAGCAGAAAAUGUUUUGUUUUCAGCAGGGUAUGACUAUCAGAUACUAGUGUGGGAUACACGACGGGCAGCCCUCAUGCAGACCAUUGACCUUCACACGGAUGUAGUCUACAGCCUGUCACUGAACCGCGACGGUUCCCGCAUGGUCACCACCUGCAGGGACAAGAGACUAAGGAUCAUUGACCCACUCUCUGGCAAGCUCUUGCAGGAGGGAAUGUGCCAUGAAGGAUCCAAAGCAUGCAAGGCAGUGUACUGUGGGGACACCGGGCUCGUCUUCACCACAGGCUUCAGUAGGUUUAGCGACCGCCAGUUUGGUGUGUGGGAUGAGAAGAACUUCAACACACCCCUGCGUCUGGAUAACAUUGACUCCUCCUCUGGGGUCCUGACGCCCUUUUAUGACCACGACACGAGGGUGGUGUUUGUUGCGGGCAAGGGAGACGGCAACAUUCGCUACUACGAGAUAACAGACAGUCCCCCCUACUGCCACUUCCUUAGUCAAUACAUAUCAGGGGAACCACAGCGAGGCUUUGGGGUGAUGCCCAAGAGGGGCUGCAGGGUGUCCCAGUGUGAAAUAUUCCGGUUUUUCAAGUUGUACGCCACCAAGGCAAUCUGUGAGCCUAUAUCCAUGAUAGUUCCAAGGAAGAGUGACCAAUUCCAACCUGACUUGUACCCCGACACAGCCUCCCCCACACCAGCCAUGUCAGCUGAGGAGUGGUUCUCAGGCACCACUAGAGGGCCUGUGUUGAUGUCUAUGAAAACAGGAAUGACCAUCAAGACUCACCGCCCUCUCCCACUGAGACCCACCGAGUCCUCCUCUGACAAGAAUGCUGACAAGAAGUAUGCCUUCCUCUCCCGGGAGACUCGGGCAGAUUACCGACCCAUGGAGGUCAAGACUUCCAGUAGCACAGACAAAGAUCUCAAGACCUCAACUAACUUGGACACCAAAUUCCAGGCUCUGCAGAAACUGUGGGGAUGCAAUGUUAAGAAUAUGGGGGACAACAAGGAGCAGUGUUCCACCAACAGCAGUGGAAUUGAAAGUGAGAGGACUUACACCUCCACCAGCACCAAAAAUACCAUUAAUAAAAUAACCAUCAAGUCUGGUGAUUCCCCCAAGAUGUCAAAUUAUGCUUUGCAACAAGAGAAAGAGAUCCAGAUCUUGGACAAGCCCUCUCCAAAGACAGAGUCUGAGCUCCGUAGAGCCUACACAGCCCAGUGCGAGGAGCUGAAGUUGCUGCGCCGCCAACUGAUCAUCAAGGACCGGAAGAUCCACGAGCUGGAGGACCAACUCAAUCAACUCAAGACUCCCCAUAAAUAGGAAUACCAGUUUGGGUUAGUGGCCAGCACUGUUCACACUUGCUGGCUUCAGGCACAGGCUAAGGUGCUGCAUACUACGCAUAUGCAAUGUGAAGGUUCACUGCCCAUCAGCACUAAGGGAUUACUGUACUACUGUCAGCCGUUGAGGUGAGUGUCCAUCACAUGGCUUUGCAACUAGUAAUAUGCAAGGCACAGAAAUUUGUAAAAUCAUACUGUAGUAGGGAUGGGGUUGGGGUCGCAGGUCAUUCGUGUCAGGGCAUGUCAAUGCUCUUUAGGUUGUGGUAGUGACUACAUGUUAGGUAACAAUUGGUAGAUGUGCUGCUCACCUCACAGUGCCUCAGUGUAUUGUAUCCCAAACUUUUGUAGCAUUGACAUAAUUAUAAAUAUCUGGUGUGAGUCAACAAUAGGCAUCAUAGGUGAUUCUUACCUGUCACUUGUAUUAGAGAAAUAUGUGUUGAAGCACCUGUAGUUGAAAUAAUAAACUGUGUAUCAGACAGGAAAUCAGGAUAAGAGGUACCAAAGUCAUACAAGAUAAAAGGAGAAUGAUUAUUUUUUUUCCAUAGUUGGAGCAGCUCGUGGGAUCUUUGGUCUAGGGGAUUACUAUAUUUGCCUCUGCAGAACACCCAGGUUGUGAUGGGUAGUUUGACCAAUACUCUUAUGCCUUUAUGGUUCUCAGUGCAGCUCUCACAAAGUUUAACAUUGCAUCUCUUGCUUGACUGUUUCACCAGCAUGACUUUCCUUUAUCUCAUGUGAUGCUAUUAUGCAAGAGUUCUGCCAUAGGACAUUUUUAUGUGUAGUUUGCUAGAGGAGUAAAAGGAAAAUGGUGGUGUAAGCUUCAGCAGUCUAUUGGGGUUUGAACUUUACAUUAUCCUUCACUGCCUUGCUGCAACACUUGUUCAUAGAUAAGAAGCACUUAUGCACAAAGAAUGAAGUAGUUUGAGCUGGACUAUAAGUGUGCCUUUUUACUGCAGUACAGGGAAGUUUUGUACAGUCAGUGUUUUACUCUGAAUUUUAAUAGUUUGAGUUCAAUAACUGACAUAGUGUGAACAUAGCCUGAGUCUGCUGCCUUGAUGGUUGUGUUAGGUAGAAGAGACCAUAGCUGCCUAGAAUACCCUUUGGGGUCAAGACUUAGUGACCUGUAUGAUGGUUAUGAGCAUUAAAUUUAAGAAACUUCAAACAUAGCAGCAUCUCAGUGCAAGAAUACAUCACACCUAUCAGUAGUUAAAUAAAAAUUGAAUGCAGUGAAUUUGAUUUGGCUUUUCAAUAAGGCACAUUACAUUUAAGUGCAGGUCUUUGGGUAGGAGUGCAUAAGUGCUGUGCUUUCUUCACUGCUGCUGUAAGCUAGGGUCAGUGAGUAUGCAGGGGAAUAUGUAAUGAACAAGUAGUUAACUGUAGGUUGCCCACAGCCUUGAGCUACUGGGGAUCUUAUUGAUAAAAGAGGAUAUCUAUAGUGUCACUUACUGAAAGCUUAAUUGAAUCUUGAAUCUCUAACUGAAAAAUGCUCAUAAUUCAGUAGUUUCUCCUUAGAAUAUGAAGCAUUUUAUUUUGAUAUAAUUUUGCUACUUGAAGAUUUUGCUACCCAGUAAUUCCUUAGUUUGCAUUCCAAGUCCAUGGGUUGUCACUGGGUGAGGAUAAUGACUUUAUGUGGUUGUUUGAAUUUUUUGCCAUUUUGUUUGAUUGUGAUAAACAGUAAUCACCAAAGAGGAAAUGCCAACUCAUACCAUUGUAAUUCCAUUUUCUAUAAUACAAUAUAAUGGAUGAGGGCUGGGGCAGCUGAUCAACCAUUCCUUCAGCAGUCUUCUCCACCCACAGCAGGGUGGGAUGAGGCAGGCCCACAGCUCUGCACACUGCCACUCCUGCUGCUCACAAAUUACACAAACUGUCUUGUGCACUCAUCCAUCAUAUACUAGAGUUAAUUUGUGUGCCCACAAUAUAUCUGAUAAUUUAUUGUAUGUACCCAACUACAUAUACGUACAUAUGCAUUGAGGCAAUCCAUAAGUAUAUAAUAAUGUGAAAUGUGUUAGACUUGACCAGUCUAGUAUUAGCAAUCUUAUUAUUAUGUAUUAUGUUUUUUUUAAUGAGUAUUAUUUUUUUAAUAUUAUAUUGCUUUUUAUUUUUAUGAUGCUUAUGUAUUUAUGGUUAUAUUUAGUGGUCUGGAAGCAAUGUUCAAGUAUUUGAUUGCUUUGGGUCAGUAGUUCAUCAGUAAUUAUUAUGUAAGAGCAUUUUACAAUCUUAGGUUUUUCAGAAACCUUUGCAAGUUUUGUUCUUCCUCAGUAAUGAUUCUUGAUAUUCCUUUUGUGAAUGUCAAGUAUAGGCAAGGGUCUCUUUUUACUCCAGAAGGCUUGGUUCAUUCCUACAUUACAGUCAUUAGUACCUUUUUUUUAAGGGGAAGACUUAUUAGUUUAAAUGAUUAUCAUUCCUGUGAGAUCUCAAGAGUCUUUAUGGCAACUACUGUGUAAAAAAUUCUUGAGGGUUACUGUAAAUUAUGUUUUAUCAGUAUUAUAUUUUCUUUUUCUCAUCUGAUUUCCACUUAGAUUUGUAUAAGUCCUUACAAAUUUCUUGUGGAUACUGUCACAUAUAAUUAAGCAUGGUAAAGGUUCAGGACUUUACUUAAUUUUGCCCAUGUGCUAUACUGGUGGAUUAACUAAUGUUUUUAAAAGGCAAGAGCUUAGCUACAAAGAGCUAUUACACGAAUGCAUGAACCAAAAUAGGAGAUGCUGCUGAUGGAAGAUGGGAAAGACUGUCAUAGAUGCUUAAGCAUUUGGGAUUCAUGUGUUCAUUGCCAUUGCUAGUGAAUAGGGCAGACAUUCCUUUGUAAUCCAAGCAGUUGAUGUGGGAAAGGACUUAUUGCAUAUUAAUUUGUUAUUCCAGCCUAUAAUUGUGUUGUCAUUGUUUGCAUACAUAGGGGCCUUUUUUGUACUUUAUAAGUAUCUUUAGCAACAAAGUACCUUUGUUAAAGGAAGUGAUAUGUCAAGACAAUUUUGUUUAAAAAGGUUGUAGUCAGUUUUCCUAGGAAGGUCAAUGGUUUUAUCUGGAAGACUGGAAGUGAUUUGUCAAGACAAGUUUACCUAAAAAGGUUGUAGUAGUCAGUUUCCCUAGGAAGUUCAAUGUCUAGUUGACUUUUGUAUGUGAAUUUAGACCAACAACAAUGUCACCAUUGAAUUUUAUAAUGACUUUUUGAGGGAGAUUAACUUUACUUGAGGCAGUUAUUUAAAACUUUGUGUUUUAUAUAGUAUGAUCACAGGACAUGAGGCAGACAAGUGAAGUUACCAUUCAGGCAGAGUGGGUGAUGCAUUAUUAGCCUUGAGGACACAACAAGUUUACUAAAAAGACGUUAUUCACCUUAGAAUAAGUUAUGUUGUUAUUUUGUCCUUUCUAUGUGCAACACAAAUAAAUGGUUUUAAUGGA